GUUCCUGCCCUUGUCCCGCCCCUUCCCCCGGAUGCGGGCCGGGAUGGCGCUGCCCACCCCGCGGUACGAGCACCUGGGCCCGCGGGGGCCCUUUCGGGACGUGUACGAGCCGGCCGAGGACACCUUUCUGCUGCUCGAUGCGCUGGAGCGGGACGCGGGCAGCCUGCGGGAGGCUCGAGUCGAGAUCUGCCUUGAAAUAGGAUCUGGAUCUGGUGUGGUUUCAACAUUUCUGGCUUCUUCCAUCCUUGGACCCAGUGCAUUUUACAUAUGCACAGAUAUCAACCCCAUGGCAGCUUACUGUACCCAGGAGACAGCUCUGCUUAACAAUGUUCACCUGCAGCCUGUCAUCACUGACUUGGUCAAAGGAUUAUCCCCAAGAUUAAAUGGGAAGGUUGAUCUGAUGCUGUUUAACCCACCAUAUGUGGUAACACCUUCUGAAGAGGUGAAAAGCCAUGGAAUAGAGGCAUCCUGGGCUGGGGGCAAACAGGGCAGAGAAGUAAUGGAUAGAGUUUUCCCAUUAGUACCAGACCUGCUUUCACCAGGAGGAUUAUUCUACUUGGUCACAAUUAAAGAAAAUAAUCCAGAUGAAAUUCUGGAAACAAUGAAGAAAAGUGGCUUAAAAGGCACACAAGUACUUUCCAGGCAAGCAGGACAAGAGAUGCUGACAAUCCUCAGAUUUAGGAAAUCUUGAUAACUUCUCUUCACCUGCCAGGUAGUAGGCAUGAAGAAAAUUGUACACAGAGUUGUCAGUUGGUAAACACUGAAGUGAAUGCAGUCUGCCCUCUGUUAAUGGCAGGAACUUACUCAUACAAAACAAAAGAAAUAAAUGAACCCAAAAACUGAACUGGGGAACCAAAUUUCAAUGGGUUCAUAAUGAUUUAAUAACCUCUGACAUAAUCAAUGCCACACACCAGAGAGUCUCACCUCUACAAACCAUGCACAUGUAUCACUUUUAAUUUGUAGUCUUCAGCUGUCAUUGGUCAGAACCAGGAUCAUUUUACACCAUCAGCAUUCACCACAAACUGCAAGUUUACAAGCAGCAGUGUUAAGGUUUCCUUCUGUUGGCUUAAAAAGUUCUUUCCUCUCCCAGGAUCAGCGUUCUCAGCACGGAUCACUUUGGCCUUGAUUAAGGACCAGAGUCUUCCACGUCCCUCUGACCUUCAGAGAAGAAGAAAGAGCCUGGUUAAAAUACACAGAUGCUCAGAGUUCAGGACAAAAGCAUUUGGAGGAAGUUUGGAUCAGUGCUCAGAUGGAAAUACAGUGGCACUUUAUACAAUGCAAAAUGUGAAGGCAGAGUUAGGAGUUGUUUCACUUGUUCUCACAUAGCUGUCAAAUAUUUUUAAUACUCAGGGUACUGAACUUCUCAUCUCUUCCAACAUAUGUUCCAGCAGCAGAUAAGGAGGAUUCUCCAAUUCUUCAAUCCUAUGUAAUGAGAACAACAGUUCUGCAACUCAUUAAACACCUUCCCUGAUCUUCAGAGAUGGCUUCUCAAGGAAUGAUGGAAAAUUUUAUUUUAGUAAUUGAAACCACAGAGUGAGACACAGCGUUCUGAGAGCGGGCUCCAGGAAGUCUGCUGAAAAUUACCUUUUAACACUGCGUGAAGGAGGUUUUAGUGCCUUAAAGGAACACGUUCCAGUGUCCCAUCAGCUCCUUGCCUGUCACUGGUGAUCACAGAGCUCAGGAUUUACUGCUGCACCAGCCAAGGUAGCCCCUGCAGUUUUACUCCUGUAAUUCCCUGUUAAAGGAGGGGUCAGCUCCUUCAUUCUGAUAAGCCCUUCCUGAAAAGAUCUGAGGCCUUGGGUAGCUGCAAGAUCCCGUACCUACAAAUUUACUGCAGUGUCAAAAUGCACAGCAAUCAUUCCACCUGGUAUUCACUUGGAGCAGAAGGCAUCAUUAGGGAAUUUCUGUCACCAUGAAGAAAAUCAGGAAUUGACAGGAAGCAGAGGUUUUGUAUAACCAGUCCUGAAACAGACUUCAGUGUCACUGCACAGGUAAAUCAACCAAAUGUUUCAAUAUCUGAUGACACCUUAGGCUACAGCAGCAGCUCCUUAAAUUUUCCUGUCCCCAUCUAUUUAUUGUGUCUUAUAUUACACCACUCUAUGUGAACUACCACAUGUUCUUAAUCCACUUGAUUGGUAAAAUAAGAGAUUAUGCAUAAAUUCUACAAAAAAGGAAUACCUUUAUUUUUUUUAAGAGACCGUUUUUUCAUUACCAAGUGAAAACUUUACAAUGUAAAGUAUUUCUCUUCAGUAUUGUUUUAAUAUAAAAACUUAAAUCACUUACUCUGGUCUUACUGUUCCUACAGGAAGUCUUGUGGCACUGCAGGACCCAGGUAUCUUCAGCCUCACUUUAGUAUCUACUCAUAAGUUCAUGACUUAUUUUUUUAAAUAAAACCAUUUCUGUGGCCACUCACCAUCAACAAAACAUCCCUACCACCAAAACAAAAAUGAAGCAUCUUCAUCAGACCAAAAGAGACUAAACUCUAACAGCACUAUAACAGUGAGAAACUUUGUUAAAAUAAAAAUAUUUUGAAAGUUAGACACGACUUUAAAAUUGUACAAAGACAACAAGCACUCAAAUUACACAGAGUAAGUAGCAGUGAGUAUGUGAAUGCAACAACAGUGAGCCUUGCCUCUUUUUAUAUGUAAAUAUAAAUAGAGAUUAUCCUUGUCAAACUUCCAGCUUUUUUUUUCCUUUUUCCUGAAAAUCAGCUCAUUAUGCUGCAAAACCUAACAGUGAGCAUCUCACUCUUGAGUUCAACAGAAUUGCUAAAAGGGGCUCUGUCUAAAACCAGCCUUUAUACCAUGAGAAUAUCCCAUACUGUGCAGAACAAGUUUUUCUCUCCACUGAAAAACAAUUCCCUUUUAUUAUGCUGAAUGCUUCACCUUUCCAUGGGACCUGCCAAAUUAAAGGCUUCAAAAUUAUUAAAAAUUCUGAAGCUUGCUCCUGUUUUUUCAAGAACAUGAAAGCUGAAACUAUCAUGGUGUGUCCAUGUAAGGAGUCACACAACAGAGAAUGCUCCUGUUAGUAUUUUACUCUUUGCAAGUUUUGUUUCGAGAAAAACACUUGGGAGUAAUUUUAGUUAAUUUGGCUAAAUUAGUUUAAGUAGUGGUCAGAGAACAAAAUAUUUUUUCUUUUAAUUUUUUUUUCUAUUACAUUUAGAGUUCAAAUAUAUUCUUAAAACGUGGCAGAAAGUAUCCCUUAGAGCUUGUCCCUACAUUUGGAUGUCAAGUGAAAAGCUGACACUGUUACCAUCCUCCCUUUACUUCUGAGAGUUUUCUUCUUUACAGGAAAUACAUUCUUGCACAAUAAAUUAAUCCCCCAUGGUGACUGUUCAAACAACUCCAUCACAGCCUCAAAACUAGGAUGUAGUUAUUCCUUAGGUUUAGAUAGAUGAGAAAACUUCUGCUGUAAAUCUUCCCUGAGAUCAACAGCAAUUACAGUUAUGUUUUAUCCAGCUGCAGCCAUACUGGCAAAAUUAUGUUCUGAAUUUGAGUGUUUGCAGGACUCUGUUUCAUGACAGAAUGCAACCACUUACUCAUAUUUUCUGUAAAAAUGCCUUGGUGAUUUGGGUUAUGUUCAUGAUUUUAAACUUAGUUAUUCUUUCUAGAUUACCUGGAAGUGCUUUAUUUUUCAUGGCUUUAUUAUUAAUGUUUGUUGCAAUGGAUCAACAUCUUGAUUUUCAAAAAAGCUUGAAAAGUAUUGUGGCUUUAUUUUUAAAUGAAAAUACCCUAUUAUUAAGACAGCAGUGUCCUGCAAAUUGAGUCCAUUACACUUGCCAAUUGCUUCAUUUUUAUGUAAAACUGUAAAUUUGAAAGCAACUUCAUUUUUUUUCUUCUUUUUUCUUUUUCAAUUAUGCAGGAGCCUAUUUAAUGUUCUCAUGAAGCAUUUCAAAAUGUCUGUCAGUCUGUCAGUUAAGGGAAGAACACACAGCAUCUAAUCCUAUCUAAAAGUAUUAUGGGGUGCAGCCUGGAAAAUCCCAUCUUAGCAAACUGAGCAAACUAGCCCAAACUCCUUUUGCCCAUCCCACUUCUCAUCCUACAGCUGCUUUUGUUUUCUCAAUAUCCUAUUCUUCUCCGUUUGCUUCAAUUCUAAGAUAGCAUUGCUGAGGUUUCAAAAAAGAUUAAAAAUUAAA